GUGGUCGCGCACGGUCAUACGCUCCUAGCCCACGCCAAAGUUCGGUUUAAAACAAUGUCCGGAGCUGUAUAGACGAUUCCUUUUUUCUCUCCCUCCCCCUUUUUUUAAAAACCCUUCGAGAGCCUAGUUAAGAGUACCUCAGAUCUUUUUUUUUUUUUAAAUAUAAUUCCCCCCACGGAGAGAAAAAAAAAUAAUUGGAAAUCACAUUCUGUUGCCCCCCCCCCCUUUCAAAAAAAAAUAUAUAUAUAAAACUUUUUUUUUAAAUAUAUAAAAAAAAGAAGAGAGAGAAGAAAAGAUAAUAGCAAAUCACCAUAAGUAUAAACCGGCAAAUUUAAAAAAAUAAUAAUACAAAAAAAAAAGAUUAAAAUCUCUUUUAUAUAAUGUAUCCGCGGACCUGUAGUGGUGAUGCGCGUGUGGUGAGUGUGGUGGUGAGUGUGGUGGUGUUGGUGGUGCUGUGUGUACCUUGCUUCGUGUGCGCGCAGGUCGGGGAUUUCACACACGAAUGGGCAGCGCACGUCGAGGGAGGAGACGAGAAAGCCCACGAGAUCGCGAGGAAACAUGGGUUCGACGUGCUCACUAAGAUUUUUGACGACGUCUACUUGUUACGUCACCGGCGAGUGGCCCGACGCUCGGCCGACCCGUCGCUGCUGCACCACGAGAAGCUCAUCUCGGAGCCGCAUGUGCGGUGGGCCGAGCAGCAGGUGGUGAAGCGGCGAGUGAAGCGGGACUUCAUGCACCAAGAUCGCUCCACCAAGUUCAUCUCCACGUGGAUGGACGAUCCCAAGUGGCCGCAGAUGUGGUAUUUGGUAAGUGGAGGUGGAUUUGAAGAGGUUAAGUGGUUCGGAUGA